GUCAACUACUUGAGGCUGUUACUCGUGCUGUAUAUCAAAUCUUGCGUGCUGCGCUUCUCAUAGAAACAUCCGUCCAUCCCCUGCUUCUCAACUUUCUGCGACCAGGUCACAUAGACUUCGACGUUUUUCUUUUUGGUUUCUCCAUCUCUAUCUUCUUCAAAAGAUCCGUCAAACUGUUUUCUUCAACUUUCCGCCGUCGCGCAGCUCAACUACCCCUCCGCUCCUCCCUCAGUCUUACCGUGGCAGCGACCUCGACCUUCCAGCAAAAGUCUCAACAAGCACCCUCCACGGCGCGUUCGAUUUCGUCGACCCUCACCAGCGCCAUGGCGCCUCCACCUCACACAAAAGUGGCCAUCAUCGGCUCAGGGCCUGCCGCCCACACCGCGGCCAUCUACCUCUCCCGCGCAGAACUCAAGCCGGUCAUGUACGAAGGCAUGUUGGCGGGUGGCACCGCGGCAGGGGGGCAACUGACCACGACGACCGACAUUGAAAACUACCCCGGCUUCGCACAGGGGAUUGGCGGCUCGGAGCUCAUGGAUCAGAUGAGGGCACAGAGUGAACGGUUCGGCACCGAGAUCAUCACUGAGACGAUAACGAAGGUCGACCUGAACCAACGACCCUUCAAACUGUGGCGCGAGUACGAGGACGGUGAGGCAGACGAACCAGCCCACACCGCCGACGCCGUCAUCAUCGCCACGGGAGCCAACGCCAGGAGGCUGGCCCUGCCAGGCGAAGAGACGUAUUGGCAAAACGGAAUCUCGGCGUGUGCGGUCUGUGACGGGGCGGUCCCCAUCUUCAGAAACAAGCCGCUGGCGGUCAUCGGCGGAGGAGACUCGGCGGCCGAAGAGGCCAUGUUUCUGACGAAGUACGGCUCGCACGUCACGGUGCUCGUCCGCAAGGACAAGCUGCGAGCCUCCAAGGCCAUGGCGAAGAGACUCCUGGCGAACCCCAAAGUCACGGUCAAAUUCAACCACGUCGCGGUCGAAGUGCAGGGUGAAAAUAAGCCGAGAGGUCUCAUGACACACUUGAAGAUCAAAAACGUGCAGAGCGGUGCCGAGGAGGUCAUGGAGGCCAACGGUCUGUUUUAUGCUGUCGGGCACGACCCGGCCACGGCGAUUUUCAAGGGCCAAGUCGACACGGACGAAGAGGGAUACAUUGUGACGAAACCCGGCACGAGCUACACGAGUAUUCCUGGUGUCUUCGCCGCCGGUGACGUGCAGGACAAGAGAUACCGACAGGCCAUCACCAGCGCCGGGAGCGGGUGUAUAGCGGCCCUCGAGGCCGAAAAGUACCUUGCCGAACUCGAAGACGAGAUACCCCUCGAAAAGGAGAAUCAGGCCAAAAAGCCCGAAGUCAAUGGCGACGCCGCUCCUGAAUAUAGAUCAAACCCCUUGCUGUGAACUUCUUCUUUAUACAGAGGGGUUCUCCGUAGAUUUGAUGAUGAUAGAAAUAGGAUGUAUUGUCUCUCUUCAGGAGAAAUCAAAAUUUUUGACCAAACCACGCCGUGGG